GCUGGGGGGGCGCUCGAGCUGCGAGGAUCCGGGCUGCCCGCCGGACGAGGAGCGGGCGCCCAGGAUGGGGUGCAUGAAGUCCAAAUUCCUCCAGGACAGAGGCAAGGUCUCAAAAACCGAGCCCAGCACCAACCCACACAGCCCUGUGUAUGUGCCAGAUCCCACGUCUACAAGCAAGCGGCGUCCUGACAACAGCAACAACAUCCCACCAGGGUCUGCGGAUGUAGGUCCCGAUGACAUCAUUGUGAUCGCGCUAUAUGAUUACGAGGCCAUUCACCAUGAAGACCUCAGUUUCCAGAAGGGAGAUCAGAUGGUGGUAUUGGAAGAGUCUGGGGAGUGGUGGAAGGCUCGAUCCCUGGUCACCCGGAAGGAAGGCUACAUCCCAAGCAACUAUGUUGCCCGCAUUAACACUCUGGAGACAGAGGAGUGGUUCUUCAAGGACAUCAGCCGGAAGGAUGCAGAGCGCCAGCUUCUGGCCCCUGGCAAUGUACUGGGCUCCUUCAUGAUCCGGGACAGCGAGACCACCAAAGGAAGCUAUUCUCUGUCUGUGCGAGACUACGACCCCCAGCACAGGGACACGGUGAAGCAUUACAAGAUCCGGACCCUGGACAGCGGGGGCUUCUACAUCUCCCCACGGAGCACCUUCAAUACCCUGCAGGAGCUGGUGGCCCACUACAAGAAGGGGAGUGACGGACUCUGCCAGAAGCUGACAGUGCCCUGCGUGUCCUCCAAGCCCCAGAAGCCAUGGGAGAAAGAUGCCUGGGAGAUCCCCCGGGAAUCCCUCAAGAUGGAGAAGAAACUUGGAGCGGGGCAGUUUGGGGAAGUCUGGAUGGCCACCUACAACAAGCACACCAAGGUGGCCGUGAAGACGAUGAAGCCGGGAAGCAUGUCGGUGGAGGCCUUCCUGGCAGAAGCCAACCUGAUGAAGACCCUGCAGCACGACAAGCUAGUGAAGCUGCAUGCGGUGGUCACAGAAGAACCCAUCUACAUCAUCACGGAGUUCAUGGCCAAAGGAAGCCUGCUGGACUUCCUGAAAAGUACAGAGGGCAGCAAGCAGCCAUUGCCCAAGCUCAUUGACUUCUCAGCCCAGAUUGCAGAAGGCAUGGCCUUCAUCGAGCAGAGGAAUUACAUUCACCGAGAUCUCCGAGCUGCCAAUAUCCUGGUCUCUGCAUCCCUGGUGUGUAAGAUCGCCGACUUUGGCCUGGCACGUGUCAUCGAGGACAAUGAGUACACAGCUCGGGAAGGGGCCAAGUUCCCCAUCAAGUGGACAGCUCCUGAAGCCAUCAACUUUGGCUCUUUCACCAUCAAGUCAGAUGUCUGGUCCUUUGGUAUUCUGCUGAUGGAGAUCGUCACCUAUGGCCGGAUCCCUUACCCAGGGAUGACAAACCCAGAGGUGAUCCGGGCACUGGAGCGCGGGUACCGCAUGCCUCGACCAGAGCACUGCCCUGAGGAGCUCUACAGCAUCAUGACACGCUGCUGGAAGAACCGCCCUGAGGAGCGGCCCACCUUCGAAUAUAUCCAGAGCGUGCUGGACGACUUCUACACGGCCACCGAGAGCCAGUACCAACAGCAGCCAUGAUGGGCGAAUCCGGGUGGGGCCAGGUACCCAGCUGAUGCCUAAGGGGCAGCUCUAGCACAGCCUGCCUGGUCCUGCUCACCGUUCCCCACAGACACCGGCCCACCCCACCUCGGUCCAGCCUCAGUUCCGCAUCUGUCAAGUGGUUUGAACCGGACAGUCUCUUUUUUGACUCCAGCAGUCUACAAAUCUGCCGUCCUCAGGAGACCCCAAGUUGAUAUGUCUAUUGCCUGGGACAGCUGGAUUCCAGUUACCACUGUGGUUGCGAUGGGAAACUUUAAAAAUGAUGGAAUAAAUAUUUAAAUAAAAGACACAGAGGCUAAAGGCUUUACUGACAGAUCGGCUUGCCUUGUCCUGCCAGUUCGUGGCUAUCAUCUACUUGCCUUUUUGCUGGAUGACACAUCUGAGAAGAGGAAGGACCCUUCUAAAGACCAGGAGUAUGAAGAGAAGUGGGGUCCAAGGCUUCCGAGGUUUCUGAUGGCCCACCCUCUCCCCCCUCCCCCGCCAAUUAGUCACUGGCUGUGUUCAUUUCCUAUGGCUUCUGUAACAAAUGACCACAAACUUGGUGGCUUAAAAACACAAAUUCAUUAUCUUACA